UUGCGGCAGCGACACGUGUGAACUGAUGGGUUUCACCGCCGCACGUACGAAACUAUCAUCUCCUUCGCUGUUAUCCUCGCUCUUAAAGACGCGCUAUCCUCAAAAUCCCUAAACCACCUCUACAAUGGCAGCGGCUACCACCGGCCCUUCUGGCGACAUUACCGCACCUCUAUCGGACGACAAGAAAGAAUUCGCCCCAACGCAGCAUCUCGAGGGCGGGGAAGAUGGUUCGGAAGCAGAAGAGGGAGCGCCCUCGGAAGAAGCACUCGGUGCCGCCGGGGCUCUCGUGUCCUCUGACUCGGGUGAAGCGAAGAAAUGGACGGGAUGGCCAGGACUGAGCGUUUUCCGGCUCAUUGUGCCAUUGCUGAAGGUUGGAAGCAUCAUUGGACGGAAAGGGGAGUUCAUCAAGAAGCUCUGUGAGGAGACGCGCGCUCGUGUUCGGAUACUCGAAGGGGCGAUCGGUACAAACGAACGCAUUGUUCUAAUAUCGGCUAGAGAAGAAAAAGAUACAGAAAUAUCACCUGCCAUGGAUGCAGCCCUACGUGUGUUUAAACGUGUCUAUGAAAUGUCAGAAAGUACUGGAGAUGAGCAAGUUCCUGCUGCUACUUCUGUGCGGUUAUUGGUGGCUUCUUAUCAGGCUAUUAAUCUAAUUGGAAAGCAGGGCACAGUGAUCAAGUCGAUUCAGGAGAGUACCAGUGCAACCAUACGAGUCCUAUCUGGUGAUGAACUCCCAUACUGCGCAACUGCGGACGAGAGAAUCAUAGAAAUCAGUGGUGAGUAUCAGAAGGUAUUAAAAGCACUUGAGGCUGUGGUGGGGCAUCUUCGGAAGUUUUUAGUUGACCGCAGUGUACUUCCUUUGUUUGAAAAAACUAUGAAAAUGCCAGCUGCACAAGAUCUUGAGCCAAAUGCUUGGGGUGAGAAGUCAGUAGCAUCUGCAAAUUCUUCGCUUACUGGAAUUGUCAAUGGCUAUGGAUUUCCGGCGAACCAAGAUUCGCUAUACCGUGAUCGUGAAUCUCAUUUGGAUUCUCAGCUUCAGUACAGUUCUCUUUCACUCUACGGGCGAGAUCCGGCUUUAUCUGGGUUGGGGCGAGACCCGGCUUUAUCUGGGUUGGGGCGAGACCAUAGUGCUGCUGCUUUAGUCACUCAGGUGACGCAAACAAUGCAAAUACCAUUAUCCUAUGCGGAGGACAUCAUUGGUAUUGGAGGGGGAAAUAUAGCAUAUAUCCGUCGUACUAGUGGGGCUGUUCUUACUGUUCAGGAGACCAGAGGUGUGCCUGAUGAAAUUACUGUUGAGAUUAAAGGAAACCCUUCGGAAGUCCAGAAGGCUCAACAAAUUAUUCAGGAUUUGCUUGCCGGGCAUAAAGAUCCAGCACCAAGCAGCUAUGGAAGCCUUGAUACAGGUUUGGGGUCAUCUUACUCUCAUUUUGGUAGCUCUGGCUAUUCUUCGUCUCUCUCGGCAUCGUCGCUCGGUGGAUUUGGAUCUUCAGGAUUGGGAGGUUAUGGGAGUUACAGGUUUUGAUUCCCCUCUUAGCUACCUAAUGAAUUUUUUAUUUGACAAUGAUAGUUAUUUACACAACAUUAUGCUGAAGGAAUUGUUGAUGUCAAAUAUUUUUAAAUGAGUUCUAUCUUUAUUCUGUUUUCA